GGCUGGGCCAUACGUGGGGAGUGGAGUCACGAAUACCAGGGCACAGGUGAGCAGGAGCCGCACUCUCUCUGGGACGCUGCCUUAUCAGCCGGCUACUUACUGUGUGGAUUAACUGCUGCUGGAGCACCUGCCUGAAAAUUCCAUGGCGGGAUCCUGUGAAAUUAGCAACCUUCUCUCAAACUACAUCAGUGCCAUGUACCAGCAAGAGGAAACACCACCGGACCCAGAUCUGCUAACCCACCUUGGCGAUGAUGACAACAUUUCUCUCGCUCUGUCUAAUACGCUCAUGACAACGGAGACGACAGGCAAACCAACAUGGUAUGGGGAGAUGCCCCACUGCUGGAGCAGGUCUCAGGUGCUGGAGUGGAUCAGCUACCAUGUGGAGAAGAACAAGUACGAUGCCAGCGCUAUAGACUUCUCCUGCUGCAACAUGGAUGGCUACACACUCUGCCAAUACACGCGGGAUCAGCUGGGACUUAUCUUUGGGCCCCUCGGCGAUGAGCUGUAUGACCGCUUGCAUGAGAUCACCUCUGUCUCAGACGAACUUGGUUGGAUCAUGUCUGUGUUGAGGCCCGAAGAUGUAUCCCAAGAAGUCCUUCUUGACUCCAGUCCUUUAGAAACAGGGAACUCAUGCAGUCAGGACUACUUGGAUGAGUUGAAGAUAGUCAAUCUUUUCUCACAGCACGACCUUGGCUACAUUUCAGGAGCCAUGUCACCAGACAGCUCUGCGUCUCUAGCAGGGACGAUGUCUCAGAGCCCUCAGUCUCAGGACUCCGGUGGAAGUGACCUAGAUCUUGAUCCCACAGACAUUAAGCCCUGCCACUUUUCAGAUGGUGACUAUGCAGAAUAUAAAAAAGAAGAUCUCAAGAAGCGGAAAAGGGGACGACCCAGGAAGGUCAGCAAGGACAACAGAGACUGCUUGGAGACCAAAAAGAGUAAACACUCCCCAAGAGGGAUCCACCUAUGGGAAUUCAUCCGGGACAUUCUAAUUCACCCAGAGAUGAACGAGGGGCUGCUGAAAUGGGAGGACCGGCGAGAAGGCAUCUUCAAGUUCCUGCGUUCAGAGGCCGUGGCCCAGCUCUGGGGACAAAAGAAAAAGAACAGCAGCAUGACCUAUGAGAAGCUAAGCCGGGCCAUGAGGUAUUACUACAAGCGGGAGAUCCUAGAACGAGUGGAUGGCCGGAGACUUGUGUACAAGUUUGGGAAGAACUCCAGUGGGUGGAAGGAGGAAGAGGUGCAAGACAGGAGCUAAGGCGCUGCGAGAGCCACAGACUGAUCUGGCCCUGCCGCCCUCCUGCUUAGAGGGUCAGCUCUAAGCACAAUGCACUGAUAUGGGGCUCCAAGCCCAUAGGCUGCUGUCUCAAGCAGUGUGUGUUAGACUCACCCCUCCAUGGGGCAAAGUGUGCAGUCUGGCUCCCCGCCGGGAGCUCAGGUAAUUACAGCUGAUAUUUUGGCUCAAGUAGGUUAUUGUGAACCAUUAUUACUCUGUUGCGAUUGGACUCUGGCUGCCGCCGACUCUGAAUAGGAUUACAAUGCCUUUGGCUGUCCGAGGCCCUGCACGGAGCUCACUGAGGCAGAAGGAACAGGCCGUUCUUGGUGAUGGCUUUGACCCGGAGGGCUUUUCACAGGGCAUCAAACGGUCCGCUGAUCCACAGUGAAUGCUGUGGUCAACUGUUCACAUGGGGAACUAGGAUUUGCCACUCCCGUAUCAUCAGCAGAUGGGAAUGCUGAUCAGUCCUGAUGUCCACUAUGGAAUGGUAGUGGGGGCACACUGCUUGCCGCUCAGCUGCAGACUGUUUACCAGCUAAUGCUCCUGUUUUAACAGGCUGAAGUGAACUGGCAGAAGUAAAGCUGAGAUCAUUGUGGAUUUCAGAUUGUUGGUGGUGGAGGGCACGGUUCAGGAGCCCUUUGCUUCACUCCUCCCUAGUCCGUUUAUGUGCAUUGCGGGCAGUCCUGCAUUUUGAAGAGGAGGCACUUAGCUCAACAGUCCUCAUAGCCAUGCUACCAAGGAGCGGCUGAAAAUUCAGGCUGCUGUGCUGAUCUAUAUCAACAGACCAGUUCUAUCACUUUUCCCUUCCCCUCUCUGCCAGGAGUGUUUCUUUUGUAAAGCUAAUGGAUCUUAAUGGCCCAUUCAAGUUGCCCCCAAAUACUUUGCAUUGCAACAUGAGCAACAUAGUGUUGCUGGGUAAAUCCACCCCUCCCCCCACAGCAACUGUAAGGAUUACAGCUAAACUCAGGAGGGAACAGAGAAGUUUGUGGUGGUGGUGGCUCCGAGUGCGAGUGCUGCAUCCGAGUGCUGCAUCCUGGCUCCGGUGGUGGUGGAGCGAUUCCUCUUUCCAGAAGGUCUGGCAGCCUUCCCCAUGUGUAGCACCUUCUUGCUCUUAAUUUAUGUGAUAUAUGUAAGUGUGUUUAUAUAAUGUACAUAGAUAUCUAUUUUUUUUCAUAACUAAGUUUUGUGUGAUUGCAUAAGGAAGCACUGGGCAUUUUUCAAAACCAAUGAUUGUUAUUGCUGAUAUUCAGCUGGGCUGAACAAAAAUGGAAAUCUUUUAUUUUGAAAUCGUGAAGUGUUUGCGUAGGAUGUUGUACCUGCUCGUUGGUGACUCCAGGAGAGCCCUGCGCCAUGUACUGGCUUCCUGCUUUUAAAGAAUAAUUAACCAAUAAAUCAUUCUUUUGUUGGUUUUGAA